UCAAUCACGUGAUAAUAACAAAAUGGCAGCCGAAAUAAAGCCGUCGAAUACUAAUAAACAAGGAAACGUCAGAAAACCAGUGUUAUUAAAUAAACUUGAAGGAUGUGGAGAUACGGUAAAUAUGGCAAUAUUAAUUCCAAGAGAGGAUGGAGUCAUAAGUGUUAGUGACGACAAGACUAUGAGAGUAUGGUUAAAAAGAGAUACCGGACAGUAUUGGCCAAGUAUUUGUCAUUCAAUGCCAUCUGAAGCUGCUUCUAUUGAUUUCAAUGGAGAAACCAGGAGAUUGUUUGUUGGAUUAGACAAUGGAACCAUAUCAGAAUUUAUUUUAGCAGAUGAUUUCAACAAAUUAUCACAUGUUCGAGAUUAUCUAGCACAUCAAAAUCGUGUGAAUAGUUUAAAAUUCUCAUUAGCCUGUGAAUGGGUGCUGAGUUGUAGUAAAGAUAAAUAUUUUCAGUGGCAUUGUUCUGAAACGGGUAGACGACUUGGUGGCUAUCAGGCAUCUGCUUGGUGCUUAUGUUUAGAAUUUGAUGAACAAUCUAAAUAUGCAUUUGUUGGAGAUUAUUCAGGUCAAAUAUCGGUAUUAAAAAUCAAAGACACAACAUUUGAACUAGUUAUUACUUUAAAGGGACAUUCAGGUAGUGUCCGAUGUUUAUCUUGGGAUGCAGAUCGUAGUUUAUUAUGUUCAGGUAGUUUUGAUCAAUCUGUGAUAGUAUGGGAUAUUGGUGGUAAACAAGGCACAGCCUUUGAAUUACAAGGACACCAUGAUAAGGUUCAGGGUUUAGUGUAUGCUCAAUCCGCUAAACAGCUUUUAUCUGGCUCUGAUGAUUGUGUGUUGGGUGUAUGGAAUAUGGAUACAAAAAGAAUAGAGACGCCUGAAUGGACAGAAAGCAACAUUUGUAUGAAAUGUGAGGCUCCAUUUUUCUGGAAUGUUAGAAAAAUGUGGGAAGAGAAAAUAAUGGGCAAUAGACAACAUCAUUGUCGUAAAUGUGGUAAAGCUGUAUGUGCUAAAUGUAGCAGUAAACAGUCUACGUUACCUGCAAUGGGGUAUGAAUAUGAUGUCCGGGUGUGUGAUGAUUGUUUUGUAACAAUAAAAGAUGAAGAUAAAGCUCCACUAGCAACAUUCCAUGAUGUAAGACAUAGUGUAGUUCACAUGAACUUGGAUGAAACACGCAAACUGCUCAUAACUGUUGGUAAAGAUAGAGUAAUGAAGUUGUGGGAUGUUAGCAGUAUAUUAUACUGAUUGUUACAGAAGAUUAUUUAUUUAUUUUAAAAUAGGCAUUAUCCCACAUAUAUCAUACAUGAUAUUGUGUGUGAUAUUAUGGUACAUCAGUCACUUCAAAAGUAUUGAUAGUCGGAUGAUAUAUUAUCUACGCUAAAUCUAAAAUACAAAGUCAAAGAACAAAAAGUACUUAAUUUUGUCAAGUUUGUUUUUCCUUGUUUUUCUUUUGAAUCAUAGAAUUAAAUUUUACACUCGGUUAAAUUUGAAUUAUAAAUAAAGUAACACAACCAAUCACAAGCAUAAUUGGUUUGCUAUUAAUUAAAAAAAUAAUUACCAUAGAUAGAGACUGUCACAUAGGCUCUGAAUAAUCAUCAUUGAAUUCCAAAGAUGUGCUACUUGAAGUGUUGCAUAUAUUAUAACAUGUGUAAGUUUUCAUAUAUGCUUUAAUAAACCGUCAUUUAAGGGACAUAUUUCAAAACAAUAGGUGACUAAUUUUGGUAUUACAGGUAUCAAUUUUAUUUUGCUUCUGUAAUUGUGUCCCUUUAAGACUAACUGAUGUCUCAGUCAUUAGAUAUGGGAGUUGCAAUUUUGGGUUUAGUUACAAAAAAUUAUUUAUAAUCACGAAAUGACAAAAAUACUCAUUCAAGCAAAUAUCCAAUAACUGCCUGAUUCAUAUGCAUGAUUCUUAAACCUUCCAUCUGGGACAUGAAUUAUGUUAAGAAUACAUAGAAUAUUUUACAUAAUAUUGCUUCUAUGCAACUUGUUGAAAAUAAGAUUUUCAUAUUUAUUAAUAACAUUAUCAGAUUUUUAGAUUAUGAGCAUGAUAAACCAAACUUGUCUAGUCUUGAUCAUUCUAGCACAAAUAGGCUUCGAGAUAUCAUCCCCUGUUGACUUAUCUUGUGUCUUGGUGGUAAAUCAUGUCUCAUAGUUGUACAAGGUUAUUUGAUAUCAAUAGUGUAAUGUGUUACUCUAGUUGCUGCAAACAAUUUGAUUGAAUCAAUUAAGAUAUUUUAACAACAGGAAUAGGUCCACCCCAACCUAUCUAGUAGUAACCAUAAUUACAGUAUGUCAAUAUAUCUGACUUGAAAUCAUGUGAUAGCAGAGGUAACUCCAUUUGAUUUGUAAGUUUCAAUAAUGAUAUUCAAGACUAUGAAACUGAAUGAACAAGACUGGUAAUUUGAUAUUCAAGACUACAAAAAUGAAUGAACAAGACAGUUAACUUGUUGUAGGCCUAUUGUGGAUUUUCUGUUCAAUGUCUAAGAUUGCUGUAUAUGUUAUGAUUUGUUGAAGUUGACCUUGAAGCAGAGACAUUUUGUGCUGGAUUGAUUAAAACCAAAAAACUUAUAACCCAUACAUUAAUUAUGAUAAGAACCCAUUGAAUAUAUUACUACUCAUAUUGAUAUUUAUUGAAUGAUCGCUCAAUUAAUUGAAAAUAAGAUUUUCAUAUUCAUACAUUUCAUGAAAUUAUUUGAUAAUUUAUCUACAUGUAUAACAACAAUAAUUGCUAUAAGUUUCAACGAAUAAUAACUCUUGGUGGUUUUUUUUGUAAUUUGUAUGUGACAUGACAUAAAAGAAGAUACAAUAUCAUGAAAGAUACCUUCUGUGUGAUAUGAUGAUAUAUUUGGACCAAAAACUAAUUUAUCUAUCAAAAAUUUGCUUCAAAUCCCCCUCAAAUCAUAAGAAAACUACCCCAUGCGGUGAGAAUCUAUUUUUAUUAGCCUUGCUUAUCAGUGACUUUAUUGAAUGAGAAGGCUUUUCAGCUCGUAUUUGUCAUUAGUCACUGUCAAUUUACCAUAAAUAUUGAACCUAAGUAAAUUCUUGGAUUAACCAAUGUCAACUUCCCUUUCCAUUGUUAAAUCGCAGAGUCUACUGGACGUUUCAUUCUGUCACUCAAACAGACAAGCUGCCUUUUAGGGAUACUCUCACCUUUUUUGUCUUGUGUGUGCCCCAUGGGUGUUUUGCAGGGAAUCCAGUAUUCUUCUAGUAAGAAUGCCUGUCUCUACUUUUAUUGGAAAUAACUACUUGAUAAAUACUUUUGUGGGGAAUGUAUCUUAAAUGUGUAUAUUUUUUUUCCAAAUAAUUAUAUGAAAAUUAAAUUGCUAAUGAUAAAAGAAAAACCUACCAAUUACAUAAACUCUUCAACGAUAUAAAGCACUAUAAUAUAGAAACAUUUUCGCUUUCUGUUUCACAUUUAAUAAUUGUAUAUUAAAGCCCCUCUAUCACAAUUGUCGAAAAUUUGAUCUAUAUUAUUACCAUUUAUUACAUUCGUUUAAAUGUAAAAUGGGGUACAAUAUAAAAAAAACCCCAACAUAUGAUUUUGACCAGAUCAGGAGAGAUUUAUCACAUUACUAGAAUUUGGAAAUGCAUUUUGAUCUGGUUGAAUGAAAUAGAAUUGUAUUGUACUGUUACCUAUGCAAGUUGUAGAUUAGAUUCUAGGUUUAUAUGUGACAUGCAGUAGAGUAGUUUGCCUGAAUUGUGGGGUUUCUUCAGGUGCUCUAGUUCCUUUCAACGCCUACAAGCCCCAGCAUGCAAGGAAAUGAUUGAAAUAAAAAUAUACCAUAUAUUUGGGCCGAAAUGGUUAAGAGUCGAGUAGACUUGAAGUCAUUCACCACUUUCAGAUUUUCAAAUACAUGAAAAAUUGAAGGCAGUUACCUCUCUCCCCAAUAAAUUUUUUCUGUCCUACCUUAAUUAAAACAAAGUCUUAAUGAUUAUACACCAAAAAAUUGCUGUUCUCAGGUGAUCUGAUUGGCAGAUUAGAUACCAUGGUGAAUAGUUAUGGUCUAAAGUAUUUAUAAACUACAUAUAUAAAACUAGUCACACGGUAAAAAAACCUGCUAUUCCCAUUAUUAUGUACAAAUAUUGUCAUAUUAUGAAUAUUAGAAACAUUUCUUUCAUGUUAUACUUUCAACUUAAUUAAGUAAAACUUUACAAAGUUAAUAUUCACCCGAUGUUCAUUUGAUUGAUAUAUGUGUGCCUUUUAAAUUGAUUUUUAAAUACAGAUAUAAAACUAAUAACAUUUGUGUGUAAAUUAUUGUGAUUUUAGAAACUUGCUUUUGCUUCAUGUUUUGCUAUAGUGGCAAUUAAUUGUAAUAUAUUUUCCCACAAGAUAUUUGAUUCAGAUUUUUAUAUUAAGAGUUAUUACCAUUCUCAAUAAAGAAAGAGAAGUAAUUAAUCGUGAAUAAUAUCAUAUUUGAAAUAACCUUAAAAUCAUAUAAUGAUUAAAAAUCCAAGUACUAACCAAGUUACAAGUGUUCAUUACACACCUUGAAAUGAGCUCAAAAUAUUUGUCUGACUCCUAAAUUGACACAUUUGUCAUAAAUUUUACAUAUAAUCUACUUUGAACAUGCUGGAUUUAACAGUAAAGUCAAAUUAAUUACAAAUUAGUAUUUUACCAACAGAUGAAAGCACCCAAAACGUCUUUAAUGUAAGGUGAGAAAUAUUGAAAACAUAUUCUGAUUUAUAUCUUCAAUUAUAUGCUUUGUUAAAUAAUUGUUUGUAAAAUUUUUUUUGCAUGCUAAAUCGUUUUGACAUUUAUGAUUUGUACAGUUAUUAGAAUCAUUAGUUAUAACAUAGGUGGCUACCUGUACAUAUUCAGAAGGUUGCUAGAUAGGUUUACACUUUUUGUAUUGUAUCCAGUGCUCUAUUUUCGUAUCCCUAUGUGUUAAAAAUAAAAGUAACUAAAUAAAACAAAUAACAUUUAUUUGUCAAAUAUUAGGGAAAAUGUCCCUUCCUUAUGGUUUAGGGGACAAAGUAUUUUUAAUUCCUUGUCCCAAAAGGUCCUGGAUUUGUACAUGUAAAAAUUAUAUAAAUUAAUAUGUCUGAUACAUCUAGUUGUAGGACCUCUUCCAGAAAUGUUUCUGUCACAAAUCAUAGAGAUCCUGUUUCUUUAAUUAAUACAGAAUGUUUUUAUAGUUGUUGUAUUUAACACAAGAUGCAAGUAACUGUAACAAUCAUUUCUUCCAGGUAAAAGUUUUAUUAAAUGUUGUCAUUAGUUUUUAUAACUUAAACACAUCAUUCAUGCCAUUAAAAUAUUCAUAACUUAUAAAAUGUUAUUUGAGUUAAUUUGAAACCAGAUCUAUAAAGAGGUUUAAUGAACGCAUUUAUUAUUUUGAAGCAAUCUUUGAAGACAACUGAACUCUUGACAGCUCACUAUGGACAUUAAGCUGUUUCUAACAGUUAUUUAUUUCAACAUGUAGAUCAAAAUGUGUAAAUAAAAUGAAGUGAAAAAUAGGAGUGUAACUGUACCCGGUAAUUAGAACCUUAGAGGUCAACUUACAGGACAAAAAAUGUUCUCAAAUUAUUUUUUGCUUAGAGAAAGGGGCAUGGAAUGUUUUUGUUUGAUACCAAAUUAAAGUUUAGAUAAUUAUCUUAUACAAAUAUUUAUUUAUUAGAAAGCUUUUAUUGAAAUAAUACCAAAGUAGGAAGAUGGAUGACUAAUAUUUCUGGCAUUUUACAUGAAGAUGGACAUGUGCUCAAAUUUUUGUGCUGAAUUUCAUUCUUUUCAAGAUAAUGUCAUAUUUUAAGCACUUGCAAAUGUUUUCAAUUCUGUCAUGGAAAUACUAUAGUAUAUAGUUAUUCGUCUGCACCAAUAUAUUAUUGAAAGACUGUAAAGUAUUGUCUUGUAAAUACUAUGUACAAAAUAUAUACCGCCUACAAUUUAUUUAAAACAGAAAAAAAAAUUCUGUCCCCUUUUGUUAUUUGUUAGACUAUAUAAAUAUAUUAUUAUGUAUAAAUCCUACUAAUAUUAUUGCGGUAACACCAAUGUAAAACAUUACUUAUAUUUUUCUUUUGUUUAUUAAGACUGUAUCAAAUAAACUGUUGAAAAUUAA